GAGGGGGCUGGAGGGAGCUAUAAGAGCGAGAGUGGAGGAGGCGAGCCGGACAUUGCCAUGACAAGAGACAGAGAGCGGUGUCUGAGCCCAGAGCCCCAAGGGCUGAUAUGCUAAAGGGAGCUGCUCCUCCACAGUGGACUUGUGCCUGGCGGCAUCAAACUUAGCGAAAGUCAGAUUCAUUCAUCACUGGAGAGCUGGACCUGCACACUCUCUCACUCUUUCUAUCUGUCUCUUUUUCUUCACUUCUAACCUAAAACAUCACCGGACAGCUGCUGGUUAACCCCCAGGAGGCUGUGAGUAUCUCUUCUUGGCCUGGUUGAAGUAGCGAGAUGGAGAAUUUAACGGUGGAAAGGACAGAGGAAAUUCACAUAACAUGCAACUCGUCCGGCAGACACAGCUUCAUCUUCACGUUCGUCCCCAUCGUCUACGGCUGCAACUUUGUCAUCGGCGUGGUGGGGAACAGCAUGGUGGUGGCCGUCAUUUACAGCUACAUGAAGCUGAAGACGGUGGCCAACAUCUUCGUGCUGAACCUGGCCGUGUCCGACCUGACCUUCCUCAUCACCGUGCCUAUGUGGGCCACCUUCACCGCCACGGGCUACCACUGGCCCUUCGGCAGCUUCCUGUGCAAGGUGAGCGCCGGGCUGGUCACCUUCAACCUCUACACCAGCGUCUUCUUCCUCACCUCGCUCAGCAUCGACCGCUACCUGGCCAUCGUGCACCCGGUGCGGUCGAGGCAGCGGAGGACAGUCAUGUACGCUCGCAUAACCUGCGUCCUCAUCUGGGCCUUCUCCUUCCUGCUGAGCCUGCCCACAGCGCUUAGCCGAGAAGUCUUCACCAUUAAGGACUCCAACAACACCUUCUGCGCCACCCUGAAGAGGAAGGAUCGCAAAGGCUUCCUGGUGGCCAUCGGUCUGAUAAAGAGCAUCCUGGGCUUCCUCGUCCCCUUCGUCAUCAUCCUCACUUGCUACUCCCUGAUCGGACGGGCCCUGCUGGACGCCCGCCUCCUGCAGAGCAGCCGUUCCCGCGGCGACGAGGUGCUACGAAUGCUAGCCGCCGUGGUGCUGGCCUUCUUCGUGUGCUGGGUGCCGCACCAGAUCUUCCACUUCAUGCACGUGCUGGUCCUGCUCGAGGUUAUCGAAAACUGCCGCACGGUAGACAUCAUCGACACCGCCCUGCCCUUCACCGUCUGCGUGGCCUUCUUCAACAGCUGCAUGAACCCCAUCCUGUACGGCUUUGUGGGGCGGAACUUCCGCCGGAACCUCCUGAGGCUGCUGAGGUGCGGGCCUGGCCCCACUUCCAGGCACUCCCAUCCCAGCCUGACCACCAAGAUGAGCACCCUCUCCUACCGCGCCUCAGAGACGCUGCGCCUCAGCUCCGUGAAAGCCGCCACUCCGCAGACCACCAAGUGAACGGGGGGAAUUGCCGAGACACUCAGCACUUGUCCCAAUACUAUUGGGUAGGUUUAGCAUCAAUACAGAAUCCGACAACGUUGUAGUGUGCUAUGUCUUGUUUUGAAUGUUGACAGAAGAGAGUUUUCUCUUCCCAAGUCAUUGCAAACUUACCCUAGAGAAAGGGGUGUAAAAUGAAUUGCCUGAUAGACAAUUGCAAAGAGGAAUAGACUGGUGCUCAGCAGCAAGGUCACCUACAUAUGUAUAUCGAAAGUAAAAAUGUAUAUCAGGGAAGCUUCCAUAGUGACUGAACAACAAGGAGGUCUGGAGCCCACAGUUGAAGCUCUGUGCUUCAGUGUUACCUUGAAAUUCCCUGGUAAGAAUUUAUUUUGGAGUCUGUAAACUCCUUUUGUUCCCGAAUUUCAGUCUCUGAUAGCAUGUGAAGUUAUAACAAUAAUUUAUUAUCUGUGAUUUGAUAUAUCAUAUGUUUAAUGGCAGAAAACAUAAAAUGCUACUGAUUAAUUUCCAGAUAUUUCUAUUUCUGUUUGAAAUUAAAUUAAUUAUAUUGAUUAAGUCCACAAGAAGUGUGUUAUUGGAAGCAACAGUUUGAGAUUUUGAGUCAUUGAUUGAACACAGGUUGCUAGCCUCUGCCAAAGUCCAGACCUGGGUCAAAUGUAACUGUUUUGGAUUCCAAUUAAUUUCUGUGUUUGAUUGAUCUUGCCUGGUUGAACAAACCAAGAGGACCAGAAGGUGGGUUGGCACUUCACAGUUGUAUUUCAUAAGUUCCCAUACACCAGACAACCUCAGUAAAGCAUAGAAAAAUAUUUUAAUCCAAAACAAUUAUGUAUUUGACCCAGGUCUGUCACAGGAUGUUUUGUAAGUUCAGGGAAAAAAAAAAAACUUGGCAAUGCUGUAAAUUGAUUGCCUUGAAGGGAGAGUCUAUUGAUUGUAAGAUUGAAUCAAGCCUAAUAAAAACAUUUCAGCCUAAAAGAGCACAUACUGCACGUCUGAAUUACUUUGGGUACAGGAUGUGCUGUUAGUCCAAACCUAACAUUUGCUUGAUUAACAAAAGGGUGUGGUAGCUUUAUGUCUCACACAUAGAAAUAUGUCAGAUUGACACAAAUGUUUUUUCCCCAGAAAGGUUUACAUUUGGAUUUGGUUUAAACUCCUUCACUUGUGUAUAUUUCUAUUUUAAUGAUGUACUGUGCCCUCCAUAAUGUUUUGGACAAAAACCCAUAAUUUAUUUAUUUGCCUCUGUACUCUGCGAUUUGAGAUUUGUAAUAAAAAAAUCACAUGGUUAAAGUGCACAUUGUCAGAUCUUAACAAAGGGUAUAUUGUGUCCUCCAUACAGUGUGGGACACAGCAAAGUUAUGUAAAUGAAAGUAUUUAUGUUUAAUAUUUUUUUGCAUAUCCUUUGCAUGUCAUGACUUCUUGAUGUCUGUGAGAUAUCAACAUCAUCAGAGUCCUGAUAUCUUAUUUUCAGGCUGUCCUAGAAGCAAUACUAAAACUCUUGCAUUUGAAUGGCUCUCUAUGGGAAUUGGGGGGUGGGACUAGUUUCAGUUACACUGAUACAAAAAGGAACUCAGUUACACUGACACAGUAAGGAACUCAUUUGUUGGCUAAAUGGCUUUAAGUCAUCAAGGGUCCAAGGUAUCAAAUAAGCCUCAAACCACCAUGCUGCUGCCAAAUAUGCAGUAGAUAAAAAAGGAAAGAAUUGCUAAGGGAAUGUGGGGAAUUUCUCAUGCUACACUGAAUGAGGUACUGACAGACACUCUUAGUUGAUAUGGGAUUUAAUUAUUUUAUUGUUUUUGUGUGUGUGUGUGUGUGUGUGUGUGCGCGUGCUUGCAUGCGUGUCAGCGUUUGUGUGUGUGUGUGUGUGUGUGUGUGUGUGUGUGUGUGUGUGAGUUAGUGCAUGCAUGUGUGAGCGAGUGUUGACUGACUGUAGAACAUUUCUUGUGCAUGAUUUUGUUGCAUAGGUACUACUUAACAUCACUGGUCAGACCCAGGUGAAAAAGAUCAUAAUAACAAUCUUAGUAUUGGACAUCAUGUCAGAUGAAAGACAGUUAAGCAAAUACAAAGAACAUUAUGGUUUCUUUCUGUGUUUUCAGUCUUGAUUCACAUGCACAUGACCAUAUUUUGCUGGGCUAUAUUGUAUAACUGGUUAAAGGAAGACUCUGAAGGGCUUUUAUUGUGUGAUGAUUUAAUUAUUAAUGAUUUGAUGAUUAAUGAUUUAAUUAUCAAUGAACAGCUACUUAAAGCUGGAUUUCAUUGUAUACUGACCAUAGAUUGCAUUGCAUCAACAACCUGGAAGAAAUUAAAUGUGACAGUAAAAAAGGGAAACUCUCCACCAGACGAAACGCGACGAGUUGGUUUUCGAACAUCUUUAGAAGAAAGUUUUAUUGAUCUGAGCUGUCCAGUUUUAGAACGUCGGCUCUCGGCGCCUGGCGUUUCGAAAACUGAGCAUGUCAAGUCUUAAACCCGGAGUUUUAGAACAAUCACUGAUUUCACAUUAAGCCCAGUCUCCACAGGGUUUGAUUUGAUUUCACAUUUGAUUUGUGAAAAACCGGUGCGUUUUAUGCGCGACGCGGGGCGUUAAACCAUAUUUGCAAAUAUACUAUGUUAACAGUUGUAGGACCCCCUAUUGCCUCUCUUACCUCUAUUUGUCCUGACGCAGAUGCACUCUGUGGCAACGAGAGGGGGAAUCAGGGAGAUGUGCAUAUAAUUUAGAGUGAGACACAAGCCUCACAAAAAGGAGGCUCAAACGAAAAUAAAAAAAUGGGUUCUUCAACUCUUCUGAGGGUAUUCAGGCACCUAUGCGCAGUCACCAGCCCCACGGGGUUCCUCGUCUGACCCUGACGCAGUUGCAUUCAAUCUGGACUCUGUCUGCUGCUGUCCCUUUCUACAUUAAAUACAGAUUUAAAAAUAAUGGGGUCGUUGAAGUGAAUACACGCGCCAGACUCACAGCCCGUACAGUGGUUGCUAGGUGAUAAGGUAAACUUUCGUAUUUCUGCCACCAAUUAAAAAGAAGUAUAGCCAUAUGGCCAAUCGUCGCUGUGUUUUACUUAUUUUACCUGUUUACAGACACGGGAUUGUAUGUCUAAACGUAGAGAGGAAAAAACAGAAUAGCAGUAGAAGAAUCCGGUUUAUUUGGAACUCUGGCAUUUAGAAGUACAAAAAAACGGGACAAUUCGUUUCCCAGGGCAGUCCCUCAAAAAAGAGAACAAUCCCGGGAAAACCAGAACGUGUGGCAACCCUAUCUCCACCAAACAGCCGAGACGAAACAAGACUAGAGAAAUCUCGGAACUUCCGUGUUUAAAUCUCAAAACGUCCCGAGUAUGGACUACUAGGCAGUUGGCACAGAGUAAAGAAAAAGACGACUGUUUCCACGACGACCCGAGUUAAUUGUAUCGUUAAAUCACGAAUUGGUCUAAAACUCCGGGCUUAAGACUUGACAUGCUCAGUUUUCGAACUGCAGGCGCCGAAAACUGGACAUUUCACACCGAUAAAACUUUCUUCUGAAGACGUUAAAAAAAAAAAAAACAUCUGUCUUGGCUGUUUGGUGCGGACUGGGCUUUACAGUUAACUCGGACCGUCAUGGAAACAGUCGUUUAUGUAUUUACUCGGCGCUUUGGUGUGGACUGCCUAGCCCUAUAGUCCAUACUCGCGGAUGUUCCGAGAUUUCUCUAGUCAUGUUUCGUCUCGUCUCGGCUGUUUAGUGGAGACUGGGCUUUAUGGAACUGGACUUGCAAUCGGAACAUUGAAUUGCAGGGGGGACUGCUGCUUUUGUACUCCUGCGCCAAGACUGGAACCUAAAGUGCAUCAGUAUAACAUCCAGCUAUAUAAAUGGAUAAUACAUUAAAUGUAAGCUCUGUGUAUCACCCUUGGGCGUUUGCUAACAUUCACUUGUAAUGCUAAACAUAGGUGGAGUGUUUUACUGUUAAAAGUUACUGUUAAAGUUGUCGGGCCUCACCUGUGUAUUCCCCUAAGUGCAGUCUGUGAAAUGUGUGUGAUGUUUAAAAUGUGCUGGUAUCUUGUUCCAAAUAUACAUGUACAUUGUUACAUGUACAUGACAAGUAGCUUCAUUCCUUUAGAAAUGAAUAUAUUAAAACAAAUAAAUAUUUCCACAAAGUGAUUUUGAAUACAUGUAUGCAUUUUGUUUUGGUUUGAGGGCCAAAUGGCUGUCAGUUGUAAAUUUAAUUGUGUAAACUACCACAAGUGAUACUUAAUUCAAUAUUUAAUUAAAAUAAACAGUACUGAACACUUGA